UGGUGAAUGCCUUCGCAAAUAAGUCUGGCUGGAGGUAGAGAGCAAGCCGAAGCGCCCAGAUCGGGAUGCCGUCGGGCCCGGGGGCCUUGCCGUCCUUUAGCAGUUUUGCCAGAUCCAGGAUCUCUUCACUGCUGACCGUGGCGUUGGUUUCGACGUGGUCCCCUGUGGCUGGGUCGGCGGGGCGUAACCCAUCCAUCACAGGGAACAGAUGUUCCGCUACACUGCGGAGCAUCGCUGGGUCCAGUAGCUUGGGAGUCCGCAAGAGGAUUAGUACAGAAGAAUGAAGAACUUGGACUUUUUCUUAGCAUGCAUCCAAAGCAUGCAUGUGGUUGCAUGCAGAUCCAGAACGUGUAUUGCUACCAACGGAGCAGUUGGCGGCUGAGCUGAUAUCAAUGUUUGGUGAGAGGUAGUCGAAGUUAGAAACAAGGAGAAAAUUUGAGGAACGAAAAUGGACAGCGGGCGAAAGCUUUGUUGCUUAUGGAGACGAUAAGGUGAUGCUUGCACAUGGAAUAAAAAUGGAUGAGGAGGAAUUGGUGGCGCUCCUCAUUGAAGGUAUUCCGAAUCAAAUGCUACGUAACCAAGCCCGUAUCCAAUGCUUUGAAGAUAUCCAGCACAUAAAGCGGGCAUUUGCGGAAGUGAAACUACCGAAUAUGGAUGAAGCAGACAAGAAGGUGGCAUCGGUGAACAAUAAUAGCAGCACACUGGGACACUGGGCCAAAGAGUGCAGGAAGCCAAAGCGCGAAAAAGGGUCAUGCUAUGCCUGUGGUGAGAUGGGGCACUUUGCAGCGAAGUGCCUGAAAAACAAGAAUGGGGAUGAAAACAAUUACCAUGCCUCAUAGACACGGGAAGCCCCAUUUCGUUCAUAAAAACUAGUAAAGUACCUAAAGAUGUUAUUGAAGUACCA